AUGGCCAGCAAAACCUUUCGGCAGAUCAUAUGGCUUGUGGUUUCAAUUAUCCUACUGUCAUACCUCUUUGGACUCCUUCUACCAACCAAGCUGCUCCGUCUAUUACCAGUCAUCUCAUCGAUAGUUAGCCUACAAUUCGCUUACGACGAGUAUGCCUUCCUCUCCUGCUGGACGAUACGUCAAUACCGAGUGCAGGCAAAUGAGCUACUACGGCUUUGGUUCACCAACUGGGGACCAUGGGGAACCAAAGUUGUCUUUGCCAGCUUUACUCUCAGUUUGGCAAGCGGAAUCGCGAAUACCGUUACGUCUUGGAAUGGCAAUGGGGCACGAAGUCUCGUUUUCUUUUACUUUGCCGGAACUCUACUUGCGGCUGGGCAUCUCCUGAUCUUUGGUCCCAAGGCAAUUGACUUGCUGGCCAGAAUUCGCCGUAAUGAUGCUAGUGCUUCAAGCAUGGCAUCGCUAGAACUGUGGUUAGAGAUGCACCUCACGAGGUCUUUGGUGUUGGACUUGCCAGCCGUCGGCUGCUUCAUCACCGGUUUACUUCUCGCCACGGAGAGCGUUAUAUAA